GGGCUGCAUUGAGGAGUUCUGACUAAGGGGAGCCGCUUCCUUCCUUUCCCGUCGCCAGUGGUUCAAUCCGCCCAGCACGCACUGGCGUCGCCUCCAUGGUAACCAUGGGAGCCAGCGGGACGCGGAAAGGGCCGGAGGGAGAGAGGCAGAGCGCAGGUGCAGCGUCCCGUUGCUCAGCAGCAGCCCGUGUGUCCCCAAGGUUCCGAACUCCGUUGCUGCCGCCCCUCUCCCCUUUUCCGGGAAGCUCCUACUCUAACCUGGGCCCAGCGCGGCCCGACUCUCUUAGGAGCGAACCCCAAGCCGCACCAUGUCUAACGCAACCUACAAUAAGAUGUGGGAAGAAGCCCAAGACGCCCUCAAUUCUGUACUUGAGGGAGAGUCUGAAAAGGCCCUGGAGCCUCCCCAGGACCAGGUGGUGAUCUUCCAAAUGCUGGCCACCUUCUACGUCAAGUACGUACAGAUCUUCCGGAACCUGGAGAACGCCUACGACCAGAUGGUGCACCCGCAGAAGCGGAUCCUGGUUCGCCAAGUGCUUGACGCAGUCAUGGGCCGCAUCCUCGAGCUCAAGAAUGAGAUGGUCGAGUUAGAGUUUUCUGAGUUCCAUUAUUUUGAUGAUAUUUUGCAAGACCUAAAGCUGGCUCCUGAACAGCUAGACAUUCCCAUUCCAAAGUACUUCUUGAAGGAGAAGAUGGAGAUGCUAAAAGAACGAGAGAAAAUCCUUACUACCAUACUGUCACAUGCCGGGUUGGAAACGUUGAUGGUGAAGUUUCCCAUGAAGGUCAUGCCCCUGGAGGAGGCCGUGAAGCUGAUCCAGAUUGCCGAGAGAGCCCGCCAAGGGCGUCUGAGAGCCGUCUUCAUGAAGCAGAUCUAUCAACAAGAUUUUAGGGAGAAACAAGCCCGGCUUCAUGGGGAGAAAAUCCAGGACAUGGGCGUGGCUGCCAUCAGAAUUCAAAAGCUCUGGCGUGCAUUCUACCAGUUUAGGAAAACCCUGAAGGAAAAGGAAGAAGAAAUGAUAUUUCUCGGAAUGAACCCAUCACCACAGAUUCAGAGCUUCAACAGCACACUUCUCAAUGCCCAAAAAGUGAACUUUCAACGUUAUCAGGUCCAGGAGAAGCACGAGGUGGAGUACAAAGAAGCUUUGAUUAACAUCAAGAGCAGCUUAAAGAGGUUAGAAGGUGCAGACAUCAAAGAGAGCCUCCAGGACCAGAUCCGGCAUUGGUUCAUUGAGUGCAGGAAUAUGACCGGCUACUUUCCCGAAUACCCCACAGAAGAAGACGGGGGGUCAGCAAUCAUUUUUUCAGAAAAGACCCCAGAACAGAUUAUCGAGGAUAUUAUUGCCAGGGAAGUAGAAGAAGAAGAAAAGAAGAAAAAGAAGGAAGCUGAGGAAAGGAAAGGGAAAAAAAAGAAAGAAAAGGUAGAAAAAAAGGAGACCAAAAAGACUGAAGAGGAUGAAAAAUGGAAAAUGUCGCCCAGUCUCUUCAUCCCGGACAUGGAAGAAGGAAACAAUAAAUACAAAGGUGAAUACAAAAAAGGAAAAAGGGGGAAAAAAGGCAAAAAGGAGAAGGAUCUGACCCCUCACAGGUCUGUGGAUUCCUUGUAUAAGGAACUUGUAGAAGAAGGAUUAUUGAUAAGACCUUUGAAAGUCCACCUCUCCGAAUACAUUGGCGAGUUCUGUUACCUGGGAACUACCCUUCGCCAUAUAGCGAUAGAACCGAUGCCAUCGCUCUCCGACGUGAGACAGCUCAUCACCUUGUACGGGAUUCUCCCAUUAGGUUCUCAGUCGGUUCACGAGAAGGCUCCAUUGGUGAAGACGCUGCUGUUGACUGGGCCCUCUGGUGUGGGGAAGAAAAUGCUGGUUCAUGCCAUCUGCACCGAAACUGGAGCCAACCUCUUUGAUCUGUCUCCAUCCAAGAUCACUGGGAAGUACCCUGGCAAGACUGGCCUCCAAAUGAUGCUCCACCUUGUCAUGAAGGUGGCCCGACUGCUCCAGCCAUCGGUGGUCUGGAUUGGAGACACUGAAAAAACGUUCUAUAAAAAAGUCCCCAAGAAUGAAAAGGAGAUGGAUCCCAAGCGCCUGAAAAAGCACCUGCCCAAAAUUAUAAAGAUGAUGAAGGCUGAGGAUCGAGUUCUGAUUGUGGGGACCAGCAAGCGCCCCUUUGAAGCUGAUAUCAAGCCUCUCUGCAAAGUUUAUCAGAAGAUCAUCAUGAUCCCCAGGCCAGACUACGCCUCUAGAUUUGUACUGUGGAAGCAAGUGAUUCAGCAGGCUGGGGGAAAGAUCACCAACUCGUUAAACAUCAGUUGUCUCUCCAAGAUCACCGACGGGUUCACCCAAGGACAGAUCAUCCAAGUCAUAAAGAACGUCCUCACGGACCGGCGAGUCCGGCAGCAGAGGCAGAAGGUUCUGACGGCCAUGGAGUUCAUCGCUGGCCUGGCGCGGCUGGAACCGGUGUACAAAGAAGAAGAAGAGAGCUUUAAGACUUGGUAUUCCAAGACCCCUUUGGGUAAGAAAAGAGCAAACGCGUUGAGUGGAAUUGAUGACAAGGACAAAGGAAAAGGAAAGAAUGCUAAAGGAAAGGAGAAAGAAAAGAAAGGGAAAAGGGCAAAGUAGGAAAAAUAAUUCUUCCCCCAGAAAUCAUCGUGGAUCCUCUCUGAGACAAUGAGGUUGGCCAUUUCUCCAAACUGAAUGGAUCAGAGUCCCAGCACACAGACCAAAGAAGACCCUGCCUUUGGGAGAAGCCCAAGGGGAAAAAUUCUUCAGAUUGUAGUGGUCACCUAUAGGACACAACGAGUCCUGUAUUUCUUGUAUUUAUUCACUUGGGACUUUGGCACUGUCAACUCCAAAGUUGGCAAAGCCGCCACAAAAUGUCUAUUUCCUCAGUUUGCUAACCAGCCUUCCUAGGGUUUAUACAGUGUGUAGACACACCACAUGUGCACACGCGCACACACACACACACACACACACACACACACACACACACACACACACACACACCAAGACUUUGCAUUGCUUGUACAUUCUCCUCUAGUGCAGUAUCAUCUAUUAAGCUAAACUCUUAGUCAUUAAAGGCCAUCCUCAUUGGUCGGCUAAUGACAUCAGCACGACUUCUCGGUUUCUAAGGUGCCACAUUUUAUUCAGCUCGGCACCCUACACACCUAGAUCCCGUUAUACAAUUUAAAAGUAGAAUUCUUUCCUAUAUCCAUACAUUUUAUAUAUCUAAAUAAAAUUUUUAUACCGAA